AUGGGAGUACCUACAUUUUAUAGAUGGCUUUGUAGUAGAUUCCCAAAGGUGCCUAAAGAUAUUACAAAUAAAGCUAAUACGUCUGGUGAAGGCGAUUCUCACUUUACAGACUCUUUGUUUACAGAAAGAUAUGAUAAUUUGUAUUUGGACAUGAAUGGAAUAGUUCAUCCUUGUUGCCAUCCGGAAUAUUUGCCACAACCUAGCAAUGAAGAGGAAAUGUUCGAAGCCAUUUUCGACUACAUUGACAGGCUAAUAGAGACAAUUAGACCUAAAAGACUACUAUAUCUGGCCUUAGACGGAGUAGCUCCUAGAGCUAAGAUGAAUCAGCAGCGGAGUAGAAGAUUUAAAGCUGUCUAUGAAAGGGAAUAUGCACAGAAACAGCUACAAAACGAUAAGAGCACACCGGAGACGAAUUUGUCUAAAUCAAGACAAAAUAUUCCACAGAAUGAACAGCAAAAGGUAUGGGAUAGCAAUGUCAUUACCCCUGGAACGCCAUUUAUGUAUCAAUUGGGCCUUGAAGUGGAAGAAUAUGUGUCAAAUCGUCUUGAAAACAGUGACAUUUGGCAUAAUUUAACAGUGAUAAUUUCAGAUUCUAACAGUCCCGGAGAGGGUGAACACAAGAUAAUCAAUUUCAUCAGGACGCAGCGGCAAUCUAGUAAUUACGAUCCAAAUACAAGACAUGUUAUCCACGGUAUGGAUGCGGAUCUAAUUAUGCUAGCACUCGCCACUCAUGAGCCCAAUUUUUUCAUACUUCGUGAAGUCGUGCCCUUCAAACAAUUUAACAGCACUACACAACCCACUAUUAGUGACACCAGUGAAACUGUUCCUAGUUUAAAAUAUUCACUUAUGCUUCGAAAGUCAUGGAAGCAACUGCAAAUAAUUCAAAUACCAGUAUUACGCGAAUAUUUGAGUUAUCUAUUCAAGGAUUGCGGUUGUGAUCUAGAAAGGUGUAUAGAUGACUUGGUUCUUAUGUGUUUUUUUUGUGGCAACGACUUUUUACCACACUUGCCUUCUAUGUCAAUAACCCUCGGGUCUAUUGACCAGAUGAUCUAUUUGUACCAGCAAAUUUUUCCAACGCUAGGCGGUUAUUUGACUGACUGUGGUAAGAUAAAUAUGCCACAGCUGGAAAUGUUCACAUCCUAUCUAACUGCUGUGGAACAUGAGACACUAUCUCUCAAGGGCAAUAAUCAUGGUGCAACCAGAAGAGCCGGAAAUGCGGAUAAUGUCACGAAUAACGAUGAAGAAGAGACGUCAAAAACAGGCAUCGAUGUGACACUUGGUUCACCUGAGGUGUACAAAAAAUCCUAUUACAUAAAGAAACUCGAUUGUUCGGAGGAUGAUGUUGCAAAAACAGCUAGCGCCAUGGCUGGCGAAUAUGUUAAGGGGAUGGAGUGGGUAUUGGAGUACUAUUAUCAGGGCAUUCCCAGUUGGAAUUGGUACUAUCCCUACCAUUACGCCCCCUUUGCAUCUGAUCUAAAAUUCACCACUCAGAAUGUUUUUCAGCUGGGAACCCCCUUCACUCCUUUGCAACAACUUAUGAGCGUGUUACCAGUACAAUCAUCUCACUGUUUGCCCGAGAAAUUUGCCGAUUUAAUGAGGAGCGAGGUAUCUCCUAUUGCUGAGUAUUAUCCCAGAACACUAAAACUGGACCCAAAUGGUUCUAGGUACCGCUACCAAUGGGUGGCCCUGCUUCCAUUUAUAGACGAGCAACUGUUACUUGCCACAGUUAAACCGCUGGAGGAAGAGUUGAGCAAGGAAGAGAAGGAAAGGAACAAACUGAAAAGUGAAAAGAUAUUUGUGCAUAAAAAUAUGAAAAUAAAUAGAUAUUUAGACGCUAAGAUUGACAACCUAGCUACCAAGAUAGACUUGCCCAUACACAUAGGCAGCGCAAGCCUGAUAUUAACUUGUGGUUCAAUCAACGUAUACAAUUACAAGUGUGAUAAAGUGGGUAGGCACAUUAGUAAGCUGCUGAAGGGUAUAAAUCCACAACCAAGAUUUUUAGAGCUGGGAGACAUAAUGGAUGAAAGCAGAUACAAAGGGUUUAACUGCCACGUGGCUAAACGGAUGAUAUCGCACUAUAUACACAAAUCUUUACCUCAAGAUUCAAGCCAUAACGCUACAUAUCGCAAUGAUUUGAAUUAUAAUAAACGUCAGUGGCAUUACCCACCACAGCACAUUCAUCCAAGGCAACAAUAUGUAGAGCACGGCCAUAGGGAUCAUCACAGCAUAUCGCAGUCAAGGGACCAAACUAUCAGUAAAGAUGAGUUACUUGGAGGCUAUUCACUAAAGUGCCCAGAUUCAAAACUCCGUGACGGGCCGAGUAAAAGAUAUCAGUGCGAACAAUCGGGGGCCCAAUUUCAAGACAGGGAGAAUAAGAGAUUUAGGCGAUAA